AAUAAUGGCUGGCAGCUUAAAAUAGAGCCAGGGAGUCACGCAGCAGUUCAGCCCUCCUGGCCCUUUGCAUUUUGGAAAGUGCUUUAGUCCAUGUUUAUUUCCUUCAAUUCAUGGGGCCAGAAAAGGCAGAUCUUUACCAAUGCAUUUAUCCCAUUUGGCAGUGAACUAAUUCAGAUGGGCCAAAAUAAUUGUUGCACAGGAACACGGUCAUCCAACCUCAGUUCAGAAAAUCCCUGACAGCUGACGUAGGCGGAUUUAUAGGUUUAGUGGAAAUUGCUUUUUCCUGCCCACCAGACUGCAUACUGUGGGUUGAUAUAUAUAUAUAUAUAUAUUUUUUUUUUUUGCACGAAUUAACAUCCUUUUAAAAAUGAACAGAUCAAUAAUGUCUUAAGAGAGAAAGAGAACAUUUUUUUUCUCCCUUUUUUACAAUUUCUUCGGAGAACUGUGUUGGAUUUGGAAACCUAUGGUGGCUGCCCAGAGUAUGAAAUUUGUCAUCUUUCUUUUGUGGUGGGGUUGGGUUUUGGAUACUGAAGGCCGGAUGCACUGGUCAGGAAGAGAAGUUCACGAGAUGUCUAAGAAAGGCAGCCCAAUUCUGAAACGCAGUCCUGACAUCACCAAGUCACCUUUGACUAAGUCAGAGCAGCUGCUGCGGAUCGACGACCAUGAUUUCAGCAUGAGGCCUGGCUUCGGAGGCCCAGCCAUUCCUGUUGGUGUGGAUGUGCAGGUGGAGAGCUUGGACAGCAUCUCUGAGGUCGACAUGGACUUCACAAUGACCCUCUACCUAAGGCACUACUGGAAGGAUGAGAGGCUGUCCUUCCCCAGCACCAACAACCUCAGCAUGACAUUUGAUGGGCGGCUGGUGAAGAAGAUCUGGGUCCCUGACAUGUUCUUUGUGCACUCCAAGCGCUCCUUCAUCCAUGACACCACCACAGACAACGUGAUGCUACGUGUGCAGCCUGACGGCAAAGUGCUCUACAGCCUCAGGGUUACCGUGACUGCGAUGUGCAACAUGGACUUCAGCCGAUUUCCUCUGGACACACAGACGUGCUCGCUUGAAAUUGAGAGCUAUGCCUACACGGAAGAUGACCUCAUGCUGUACUGGAAGAAGGGCAACGACUCCUUAAAGACAGAUGAAAGGAUCUCGCUUUCCCAGUUCCUCAUCCAAGAAUUCCACACCACCACUAAGCUGGCCUUCUACAGCAGCACAGGCUGGUACAACCGUCUGUACAUCAACUUCACCUUGCGCCGCCACAUCUUCUUCUUCUUGCUCCAAACCUAUUUCCCCGCCACCCUGAUGGUCAUGCUGUCCUGGGUGUCCUUCUGGAUUGACCGCAGAGCUGUGCCUGCUAGAGUUCCCUUGGGUAUCACGACGGUGCUGACCAUGUCCACCAUCAUCACGGGCGUGAACGCCUCCAUGCCCCGCGUGUCCUACAUCAAGGCGGUGGACAUCUACCUCUGGGUCAGCUUCGUGUUCGUGUUCCUCUCCGUGCUGGAGUACGCGGCCGUCAACUACCUGACCACGGUGCAGGAGCGGAAGGAGCGGAAGCUGCGGGAGAAGCUGCCCUGCACAUGUGGGCUCCCUCAGCCCCGCGCUGUGAUGCUGGAUGGCAGUUACAGCAAUGGGGAGGUGAACGACCUGGCUGGCUUCGGGCCUGACAGCGGAGAGAAGCCGGACAGGAUGAUGGUGCAGUUGACCCUGGCCUCGGAGAGGAGCUCCCCGCAGAGGAAAAGCCAGAGGGGCAGCUAUGUGAGCAUGCGGAUCGACACCCACGCCAUUGACAAAUACUCCCGGAUCAUCUUCCCAGCUGCGUACAUUUUAUUCAACUUAAUAUAUUGGUCUAUCUUCUCAUAGAUGCUUGUGAUGAUUCUGUGCACUUCCUGUUAUUCACGGCAUGCAACACAGAAAUACGGGGUGAGAAAAAAGCAGUUAAGGCUAUGGUAAAUUCUCAGUGACACUCAUAUUUCCACUGUUUCUUCUCCAGCUUUCCGAAACUACACGAUAAGACACAUACUGGUUUAAUUUGGACUUAUGAGGCACCUACUGUAUACGCCGAAUCCUACUAGGUGCUGCAGGAAUAUGGCACUGCGGCAGCCGAGGCUGGUUGCUUACCCGGUUCCCCUGAGACCCACACUACCAGGGAU